UCCCUCUCUCUCUCUCUCUCUCUCCUCCUCCUCUCAUGGCUCUCCCACCUCGCUCUCCGAGGACCAUGGCGAGCCCCGUCCGUCGCUCUCCACUGGCGUCGCCGGAGCGGGCCUCCCCCAGAUCGAUCUCCGACCCCGUACUUCCAUGGCUACGAUCGAUCCGCAAGGCUUUGGACGAGCUCAGAAGAGAUCCCAACAAUGGCGGUGCGAGUCAUCUCAAAGCCCUCGUCGCGGAUUGCAUCGAGAAGUUUGGGAGCGAGGAGCGGUACAGGGACGACGCGAGGCUCCUUAAGAUCUGGAUCCUCCAUGCGGAUGAGAUUCGAGAUUUUGAUCGGGUUUUCCGGAUGCUCGAACAAAAGGGGAUAUGCCAGGGGCACGCGCUGCUGUAUGAGGCUUAUGCGCUGUUUCUUGUCGCAAAGGGGAAUCUACUCGAAGCAGAGAAGGUCUAUCAGCUUGGCAUUUCCAGAAAUGCCGAGCCACUUGAUAAGUUGAAGAAGAUGCACGCCAUGUUCCUGAAUCAUGUAUCGGAGAUUGCUCAAAAUGCUCGACCUGAUUCGAAGGUUGUAGUAUCCAGUAUUCAAGGGCAGGAGCAGAGUUUAAUGAAUCCGUGGUCUGCUUCUACCAUAACUGAUCUACUUAGAAAGAAAGACUCUGACAUCAAGAAGUAUAAUGGUUAUCAUAAGAGCAAUAAGGUCUAUUCAGGAAAAAUAUCCCUAACUUCUUUACAAAACUCUUCAAGAAAUAAGGUUGUGGAGCUAGGUAAUAUCAAGUACCAUAUCAAAGGGUGUUCCGGUCAGGGCGGAUUUGCUCAAGUAUAUAAGGCAUAUGUUGACGGCAAUCCUGAAGAUGUGGUUGCUUUAAAAAUUCAGAAGCCUGCAUAUCCUUGGGAAUUCUACAUGUACCGACAACUUGAUCAACGUGUCUCAGCUGCUGAGAGGCCAAACUUUGGAUACGCUCACAAAGUGCAUGUCUUUUCUGACUUGAGUGUGCUAGUUUGUGAAUAUUUGUCCCAUGGGACUCUUCAGGAUGCUAUAAAUUCUCACCUCGUGAUGAAUAAACUUAUGGAAGAACUACUAUGCAUAUAUUACACGAGAGAGAUGCUGCGCAUGCUGGAAACUUUGCAUAGUGCAGGCAUAAUUCAUGGUGAUUUUAAGCCAGAUAAUUUGCUUGUGCGCUACUCAAGGGAGGAUCUCACAGAGGAUAAGGAAAAGUUCAAGGGCCGAACUGGAUCUUGGCAUGAUCAGGGAUUAUGCCUUGUUGACUGGGGGAGGGGUAUCGAUUUAAACCUUUUUCCAGCAGAUGUAGAGUUUCAGGGUGACUGUAGAACUUCCGGAUUUCGGUGUGUUGAAAUGCAAGAACGUCGAACAUGGACAUAUCAAGUUGAUACCUAUGGCCUUUGUGUUAUUGCCCAUAUGAUGCUGCAUGGAACUUACAUGAGCAUCGAAAAGAAGACUAAUGCAGAUGGAAGCUAUCUGUAUCAACCUAAAUCAUCUCUCAAGAGGUAUUGGAAUGUCGACUUGUGGAAAAAUCUCUUUUCCACAUUACUCAACAUACCCUCCAAUGAAAGUGACGUACCAAUAUUACGGAGCUUAAGGGAGUCCUUUGAGGAAUACAUUUGCAGUAAUCCACAAUUAAUUAGUAAGUUAAAACAUUUGCUGAUCAAGCAAAAGGCCUCUUUAUGUUCAGCUUAGCUUAACCUCUUUUUAAGAUUUGUUGGUGUUAUUACAAACUUGUUUGAUUAUGAAUACAUUCAGUGUACAUAUCAUUUCCGAUA